AGCGCCCCAAGGCUCCCCCUCCCUGGAAAAGCCGCACCGGGGCUGCAGCGUCCCGGGAACCCCUCAGCCAAUGACAACACAGCCGGAACGCACCGUAGCCAAUGAGAGCGCUGGGCGUUGAUGAGUCAUCAGUUGUGUGGCAGAGCCUCUGAGCUCGGCUCCCCAGCAGUGUCGGGAGCCAAUGAGAGCGCGCGGCGCUGCCGAGCCCGCCCCGCUCCGGACUGGUGCUCCCAGCGCAGCGCGGCUGCUUCGGGGCUGCGGCCCCUGCCCGGCGCUGGCCAUGGGGCGAGGGGCGGCAGCUGCGGCCGGACUGGUGGUGCUGGGAGCCCCCCCGGCUGCGGGCGCGGAGCUCUCGGGGGUGUUCCAGUGGAUUGCAAAGGCUGAGUGUUACUUCAUUAACGGCACCGAGAGGGUGAAGUACGUGGAGAGGCACAGCUACAACCGGGAGCAGCUCCUGCACUUCCACAGCUACGUGGGGCACUUUGUGGGGGUCACCCCUCUUGGGGAGAAGGUGGCUCGGUACUGGAACAGCCUCCGAGAUUUCAUGCGGCUGAUAAGGACUGCGGCGCACUGCUACUGCCGGAGCAACUAGGAGGUUGUGUCCCCGCUCUCUCUCACUCUCCCAGUGCCCCCCAGCAUGUCCAUCUCUGUGGUGCCCUCGAGCUCCCAGCCCAGCCCUGGCCGCCUGCUCUGCUCUGUGAUGGAUUUCUACCCUGCCCACAUUCAGGUGAGGUGGUUCCAGGGCCAGCAGGAGCUCUCGGAGCACGUGGUGGCCACCGACGUGGUCCCCAACGGGGACUGGACCUACCAGCUGCUGGUGCUGCUGGAAACCGCCCCCCAGCACGGGCUCACCUACACCUGCCAGGUGGAGCACGUCAGCCUGGAGCAGCCCCUGAGCCGGCACUGGGGUAUGGGGGAGGCACUGGGAUGUGUUGGGAGCAACUGGGAGGGAGUUGGAGAGUCUGAGAUGCCACUGGACGCCGCCCGCAGCAAGAUGCUGACAGAGAUUGGGGGCUCUGUGUUGGACUUCGUCUUCCUGGCGCUGGGGCUCGGCUUCUACCUGUGCAAGAAG